AUGGCCACUUACCGCCUUCUGGCAGUGCGCCUGCCGCUACUGUUGCUGGUGUUACUACUGGUGGCGCUGCCCCCGACCCUGUCGUCGCCGGUACCGGCGUCACGUUUCUGGCUGCUCGCCUGGUCCGACCACAAGAUGACCGUGCUGGCCUCGGUGCCGGCCUCCUCGAGGACCGAGUGCGGCGUCCGCUGCGCCCGCCGCCAGGGCUGUGCGGCCGCCUCCUUCGACCCCAGCAGCGCGUCUCUGCCGUGUCGCCUGCUGGCCUGCCAGACCAGCUGGGUAGGAUUCGAUGGACAGUGUUACUGGCUGGCCACGGCCGGCAAGAAUUUCCUGGAGGCAAGAAUCAUCUGCACCGGAGAACAACAAUCAGUUCUGGCCUCGAUCCACUCUGGUGCGGAGAACGACUUCGUGAAGAGUCUGGCCGAAAGCAAAGGAGUCGAUCGUCUGUACCUGGGGCUAUCCCGGGCCAACAGCAACCCGUUCCAAUGGGAGGACGCCUCCCCUGUCGACUACCUAAACUGGGGAGCCGGCGAGGGCAGCGAUUCGACCGUAUUUUUCCUGCAGUUCUUCCCCUUCGCAGCCACGUUGAUUGCUUCGCAGGGCGGAACCUGGGCGGAUAAUCUGUGCCUCGAUGUGUAUCCGUACCUGUGUAAGCGUUCGAGGGUUCUGCCGUAG